UACCGCUGCCACCACCACCACCGCUACCACCACUACCGCCUCCGCCGCCGCUAUCCCCCCUUCCUUCCCUCCCUCGGUGUUCGUGCGCUCACUAAGCCGGCGAGGCUGGUGAUUAAUGAGAGAGACAGAUCGCUCUAAGGAGGAGGUAACGGAUAAUCGGGUUUUGCUCAUCGUUAAAACUCAGCGCUGGUGCGUUAAGGAUUAAAGAGGAGAGUGCACGGCGCUGGGAGGGCCGCCGCCACUCCCCCCGCCCGCCGCCUCCUGCUGCCGGGUUGAUCAGUCCCUCGCUCCGCUGGCCGCGGCCCUCGCAGCAGCCACACACUCCUGAAGCUGUGCCAGGCGGCGGCCUUCACCCUGACAGCUAGGCGCUUCACCUCGCCGCAGGGAGCCACGUGUUCCCUGCAGCGUGUGCGCGCUGACUGGGGACCCGGAAGGCUGUCGCUGUUGUGCACUUCCGGCCUCUCGACAUCUAAAUAAUCUCUCUCUAUCAUACCCGCAGGCCCCGCGCGCCGCCGCUGCUGCUGCCGAAGGAGGCUGUGCGGGCAGCGGGUUGCCUCUCCCAUGACAGCCAGAAUCUGCAGGCCGCGAGGGCGGGCAGGUCAGGUGACCUUCGCGGCGUGGCACGAGUGUUCCUGCAGCGCGGCGUCAUGCCUGAGUCCUGAGCCGCUGUGGCGGGACAGUCCAUGAGCGCCGCGCCGCCUCUGCCGGGACCGCCGCCGGCGCCGCCGUACGCUUCUGUGAGCUUUGACAUGCGGAACCGCCAAGCAUGGACUUAAGGCGGGCGUGCCCUCCGUGUAACUAGGCCGCCCCCCCGCCCCCCUCGUGCCACAGCCAUGUCCUCGUGCCGCCCUCGCCGCCACAGUGUCGUCACCCUUCGUCUCACCGUCACCCCCGAUGACAUGGACACUCCGAGGCGGCAGCCGUCCCCGCCGCCCUGCAGCCACCCGCCCAGCCCCACCCAGCCGCCCCGGCCCCGCUCCCACUCCCGCCACAGAUACUCCACACAGUCCCGCCCACCCCCCACCUCGCCCCUCCGCCGAACCCCUACUUCCCCUCUGCCCCGCAGCACGCCGCCGCCCCUCACCCGCACCCCCACUACGCCCCUCAGCCGCACCCCAACCUCCCCCAUGGCCCGCACCCCUACCUCACCCUUCUGCAGGGAGCCCACCUCGCCCAUGGGCCGCUCGACGCCCUCGCCUGUGUCCCCCCGCAGCAGCGUGAGCGGCCGUCACUUCCGAUACGAUGUGUGGGCGGAGCAGCGGGGCCUGAGGCGGCGCUCCUCCCUCCUCACGGUGCCGUCCUCCUACGAUACCCACUCCGACCUUCACCUCAGGCUGCCCCGUCCACGCUCCUCCUCCAUCGCCGGGCCGCUGCGUCCUCCUGACCUCGCCAGGUACCUCUCGGACCUUAGCCAGCGGCACCUUCGCGUCGGGGAGGAGAGCGAGCGCGGCGGAGGAGGAGGCGGAGGCAGCGGUGACGUGAGCAUCUGCAGCAGCUUUGACGAGUCGGAGCACGAGCCGGAAGCCACGAGCCCCCAGUACGACCACUCGGCGAGGAGCGCCAGCCACGACUACGGCCGCAGCACGACCCCCACGGCGACGUUCAUCCGGUCCGGCCCCACCUCCCCCGGCCACGACCCCUUCAGCAGCACCGAGUCCCCGCGACGCCGAAACAGCAGCGCCGACCCGAGUACGGGCGUGUGUCGGCUCCGUCAGUUCAGCAUCACGUCGCGAGGUGGCGUGGUGAACAGAGGCGACUCCUUCCGCCCCCGUCGCUCGGCCUCCAACACCUCCGUGACCUCCACCGUCUCCUCCUGCAGCAGAGAGCGCCUCCCCAGCGUGGGCUCCAUACCGUCCACGCCGGGCUGCAGCAAGGUGCCCACGCCCACGGCCUCGCCCCAGCACCGCGUGGUCAUGAUCGGGGCCCCGGGCGUCGGCAAGUCCACGCUCAUCACGCAGUUCAUGACCUCCGAGUACAUGUGUGCCUACGACGACUCUCCAGCAGGCACUGACGAGGGAAGCACCGAGCGAAGCGUGUCUGUCUCUCUUGAAGGCGAGGAGGCCGAGCUGGUCUUCAUUCACCUACAAGACAUCACUCAAGCCAUUGCCCGGGAGGGCCACGCUGACGGCUGGGUGGUCCUGUACAGCAUCAGCGACAGGGAGAGCUUCAAGGCGGCCUCCACGGGGCUCGGCAAAGUAUGGUCGCUCGGGCACGUCACCAACCGAGCCGUCAUCCUCGUCGGGAACAAGACUGACCUCGAGCGAACCAGAGUCGUCACCACGGCAGAGGGCCGUACGCUGGCCACCACCUACGAGUGCAAGUUCAUAGAGGUGAGCGCCGGCUUUGACCACAACGUCGACGAGCUGCUGGUGGGGAUUCUGACGCAGAUCCGCCUGAAGCAGCAAGCACAGCCGGGCGGGGAGGGGUCGGCAGGCGGCAGCUUCGACAUGUCCCCGACCAACAGCGUCGGGGGGAACAGCACCUCCUCGCCCACCAGCACCAACGCCGGGAAGCUGCGCCACAAGAACAGCUUCCGCGUCAAGGGUAUUCUGAACAAACUUUUGAACAAGGACCGCAAGGCUAAGUCCUGUGAAAACCUGCAGGUGUUGUGAGGUGCGGCGAGACAAGGGAAAGGGAGGAGGGGAGUGUAGGUAGGUGCGGCGUGCCCUGUGCCGCCCCCUCCAGCAAAACGCAGCACAAAAACACCGCUGCGCCAAAGGUAUACAGAACAAACUCUUGAAUAAGGACCACAAAGUUAAGACCUGGGAAAACCUGCAGGUGGUGUGUGGUGAGGCGAGGUGAGGUGUUCCCCGCUCUUCCUACCUGUCUGAAGCCCUCCCCACCGCCCAGGUAUAUAUACGGUCAGCGAGGACGAGGGAACAAACGCACAAAGAAGCACACACACAAGCGACUGACCCACCACCACCACCACCACCACCUCCAUCAUCACCCCCACACGCCGCUGCAGUCUCCCUCCUGCUGCGUGAUGGACAAAAGAGAAUUAACCGAAGACGUGUGUGUGUUUGUGCGAGUGUGUGAGUGUGUGCGUGUGUGAGUGCGUGGAGGAAGGACAACAGCAAACAGUGAGGUGGCCUUAUUACGAGGGGAAACUUCAUUAAAACACGAUUAGAAGCGGUAUAGAGUUAAGCCGGAGGGAUGGAGGGAAGGUUGGUUAUUUAUAGAAGAGGUGGUGUUAGAGAUCAUGAAAUCACGCUAACGAGGAGUGUUGUGCGUGACGAUGGACGAAGCUAAGGAUGAUGAAGAGGAAAACAACAACAAUAACAACAACAACAACUGAUAAGACACACCCAAUCCCCAUAACCCUUUCCUCCCCUAUCCCCCUCUUUUCCUCCCUCACCCCCCUCCAAAAAAGUAAUAAAAUGCCCCCUAUAUCCUCCUUCCCAUCGCUUCCUUCUUAACAACAACUGAUACGAUACACCCAAUCCUCAUAACCCUUUCCUCCCCACCUCCCCUACCCCAUCUUUUCUUCCCUCACCCCCCCCCCCUCCAAACAAGUAAUAAAACACCCCUUCUACCCCCCUUCCCAUCGCCCCCUUCUCUCACCUCUACCAAAUACCUGUGUCAUAGGAAGCACCCCUCAUCUCCUUCUCUACCUCCCCUCUUCUUUCCCUCCCUCACCCCUCACCCCCUUAUCCUCAACCCCCAACAAUUAAUAUGACACACCAAUCACAUAUUCCAACCCUCACCUUCUUCUUCCCCCCCCCCUCCUACCCCUCCCCACCUACCUCAGUCCACCCCGAUAUCAACUCUUUCAAUAAGUGUCCAUGGCUGGGUAUGUGUUUUCUUGGUGUUCUGGACGUGAUACAUUGCCGUCUAGCGCCCCUCCCCCCCCCCCCCACCCGCCCCCCCCCUUUUCCGGUGGCGUGGUGUCCCGUGUCCGUCAUGAUAAAGUAAAGUUAAGUAAGAAAUAAAUAACUCUUCGAAAUGUCAGUCAGUCGGCCUCCUCGAACUGACCUUUCUUUCUUGCUUUCUUUCAUUACUCGUUGACUCUUUUAAUUAUCUGUCAAAUGUUUAAUGUGUGUGUGUGUGUGUGUGUGUGUGUGUGUGUGUGUGUGUGUGUGUGUGUGUGUGUGUGUAAAUUGCUAUGGUGAGGAACACAUAUUAUUAGCCUGUAUAAAUAUUAGUAGUGGAUGUUUAAUUUGUUUUUCCUCCACUUUUCGUCUCGUGUAGCCUUUUGAUGUCUGUCUGAACGUGUAGUUAACUCAAGUCUUUUUAUAUGUACUGUUGAUGGCACUCACUCACUCACUCACUCACUCGCUCGCUGACGUAACUUCGGCCGCGUCACUCAUGGUAGGAAUAAUAAUAAAAAAGAUAAAUCAAAUCCUUCCUCGCGGUGACAGAAAAGGAAACCAAACAAGUAUAUAUAUUACCUCUCUCUCUCUCUCUC